AUGGCGACCGCUCUCACCAAAGCUGCGAGACUGAAACCCGAAGUUCGUCUGGGACAGGCUAUCUCCGAAUUUCAAGCCGACUGCUCAUCGCGGGAAAAGGCCACCCUGCGAUCAUACCAGGCUGCUGGAAUCCCACCAAGUAUUCGUGACGUGAUGCAGUUGACUGCGGAGAUUAACCGAUCGGCUGGCCUUCAAGUACGAUGUUUCGGGUCGCGGCUAACAAACAUUCUUCAGGCGGUGCAGGAGUUCGCUGCACUUGGGGACAUUGUCCUGGGCGCCUCGCAGAGCCUCCUAGCCUGUGGCAUCUGGGCUGUGGUACGAAUGUCGCUUCUGUCCAUUGUCAAGUACUCGACCUACUUUGAACAAUUAUCGUCCAUGCUCAUGGCCGUGGGCCGCUCUGCACCUCGUUAUCAACUGAUGGGUGCUAUCUAUCCCAAAUCCCAACGGCUUGGAACAUCAAUGCUGGAAUACUUCAUCACCGUUGUGCAGCUAUGUCAUCAUGUCAUGAAGCUGAGUCGGAAGACAGCCUUCGGCCAGUGGGCUUCUACUUUGACGGCUUCUCUGAAAGGCUACCAAUCCGACCUUGAACUCUGGGCGACCGCCAUCAAAGAAGAAGUGAACUUACUUAUGGUACAGCAAUUAUCCCUAGAAGCUGAGGAUAAUUCAUGGUUCAGGUCUCAAGUCACUAAACGCUUCGAAUCUCAAUCGUACGCAAGAAAGCUGAGGGCGCGCCAGCGCGUAAUGGAUGCUUGUUCUACGUAUGACUAUGAACAGGACUGGAAGCGGAUACGCAAGCUUGGUACUACGACUAUUCUGGAGACCUCGGCUGUGUACAAGCACUGCAAAGCCCCACAAGAUCCACAAGGGCUACGAUCGCGUACACUCGUGUGCAUAGGCAAGCUGGGAUCGGGGAAGUCCGUCGUUCUCGCCAAUAUGGUGGAUGACCUCAAUUUGGAUGUAGGAAGGAAGGCAGUAGUGGCGUACUUCUUCUGCCAGCAUGAUUCGACGCAAAGUCUGGCUCCCAAAACAGUAAUAGGGUCCUUAGUGCGACAGCUAUUGCAAUCGGCAAAUGACUUCGAUGCUGCACGCGAUUUUCUCGGAGACAAGCGUUCUCUUGAGGUUGACGAUAUUGUGACUUUGCUAAAGCAUCUACUUCCGACGCAUUUCGAGGCCUUUUUCAUCCUUGAUGGCUUGAUGCACUGCGAUGCGGAAGCGCGACAAGUCAUUCUGACAUCUUUACUGGAGAUCCAGAAAUUUAUCAAGCUGUCAUUGUGUGUGUCUGUUAGGCCAGAGCCCGCUGGCUCUCUACAGGAACUAAAUCAGCUUCCGAACCGGCAGUUUCUCUCCGUGGAAGAUAACAAAUCCGACAUCGAUGCUUUCAUUAACGCCGAGUUGGUGAGAUGUCUCGAAUCCGAAAAGCUUGUAAUAAACAACCCUGCCCUUAUUCUCGAGAUCCGGGAUAGCCUUUCUCAAGGAGCCCAGGGAAUGUUUCUGUGGGCGUCUCUGCAGAUAGAAGCCCUGUGUCUGGAGAGAACAGACGCUGAUGUGCGAGAUGCCAUUGCAAAUCUGCCUAAAGAUCUGUCGGCAUUAUACACCACGAUAUUGAGAAGAUCAAGCGUCUCCGGUGCCACGUAUCAAUCCAAGAUUCUGGAUUUGGUUGCGAUCGCAUGCAGGCCACUGACUACAGAGGAAAUGACAGAAGCCCUUGGUGUGAUUCCUUGGAAGACAUCUUGGGACCCCGCGAGGAGAUUGAAUGACAUGCAUGCAACAUUAAGCUGCUGUGGGAGCCUGCUUACUGUGGAUGAAGAAAGCUCGAGUAUUCGAGUAGUGCAUCAUAGUGUGAAAACAUAUUUAUUCGACCAAACCGGAGGAGGUCUUGAUGCGAAUCGUGCAAAUCAAACCAUGGCAGAGAUUAUUGUCACCUACCUGAAUUAUAAUGUGUUCUCUAGGCAGUUGUCGACAGUGAAGGCACCUAAAGUUAGCUCCAGCUCAGUGACAGCAGCGGUGGUCAACUCGACGGUUCCCGCUCGUCGCCAAUCCCAGAACUUUGCAUUGAAGCUGCUGAGAUCGAAGAAGAGCAAUGAUAAGGAUGUUGGCCAUAGUCUAAUGCAAUACCUGAAAGCCUCCAGGGCAACUGACAGUGUGCCUUGGGCCCUCUACCAAUAUGCAGUGGAAUGGUGGCAGGAGCAUAUUUGGAGUCUUGACCCCGCUAGGCCAAAUCUACACAAGCUCCUGAUAAACCUAUUGGAGGCGCACGGCUAUGACAAACCGGACUCAUUUGGCCAGACGCCGCUAUCCCAUGCCUGCCAAUGGGGGAGUCUGCAUCUUGUUGACUGGCUCCUUGUCCAUGGUGCUCUCCAUACCGACGAUCUUUCCGGACAUUCCCCGCUCUUCUGGGCCAUCAAUGGGAGGCAUAUCACUGUUGUUGAGUCCCUGUUGCAGAGUGAUGUUGUGGAUCCUAAUGUGGUAGGUCCGUCAGGAAAGUCACCUCUCACAUCUGCAAUACUCAUGAGAGAUGUCAAAAUGACCGAAUGCUUUCUUGGCUGUGACCGGGUAAAUCGGAACCAGAGGGAUUCCGACGGCUAUACCCCCCUAAUAGCCGCUACGCUCCUCAACUUUGUGCAAGCAAUCCCAAUGUUUCUGUCGGGCCCGCACACCGAUAUCUUUGCCAUGGCUCCAUCCGGAGACUCGGCCCUUCAUCUGGCUGCCGCAAACAAGGGCCAUGCAAAAAUAUUUCAUCUUCUUCACGAACAGGCGCGGUUAGAGGAGAAAGGCUCUCAUGCCGUGUCAAUGGGCAACAAAAACAGGGAAACCCCUUUAUGGCUAGCAGCCGCUAAUGGGCACAUGGAAGUUGUCGAGUCAAUUCUCCAAUAUCCUGGCCUUGAACUAGACAUGGGUGAUGCUCGUGGGGAAACCCCAUUCUGGGCUGCGGCCUCCAAUGGCUACACAGAGAUUGUCAGAUACCUUGAGAGCUUAGGUCGCGUGGAUAUUAACCAUCUAAACAUAGCUGGUCUUUCUGCCCUGGGGGCAGCGGUAUUUAACGGCCACGAAGAUGUAGUUCAAGCUAUGAUUACCAUGAAGGGUCUAAACCCGAACCACAGCGGAUUUCGAGCGGCCACUCCGCUGCAAGCAGCCAUCCGCCUGAGAAACGAGAGGAUAGUCAGGCUACUGAUUGGACACGAGAAAACAGAAGUCAAUCGACGAGCCCAUAUUGGCACAACGCCCCUGCAGCUAGCAGUCGAGGAAGGAUGCGAGGAGAUUGUGGCAAUGCUCGUCUCUACCCGUCGGAUCCCUCAUAACCGGUGGGGUCGUCGAGGCGUAACACCACUGUGGACAGCUGCGAGCCGUGGCCACAGCGGCAUCGUCAGGAUCCUGGUUAAUGCGAAAGGAAUCGAUCUGAACUUCCCACGCAUGCAUGGCGAUACAGCGCUUGGGAUAGCGGCAUUCAAGGGACACGUGGAAGUAGUCCAGAUCCUGAUCUCCACCGGCCAAGUCGAUCUCAAUCGCAAGGAUCAGAACGGCACAACGCCACUGUGGGCCGCUGCGGACAAUGGUCAUACUAAAAUUGUCAACAUCCUUGCAAGCACUGAUGGGGUCGAUGUGGAAUGCCCCAACGCGACAGGUACUACGCCGCUCUGGAGAGCUGCAUCGAAAGGCUACUAUCACAUCGUCCAGGCUCUGGUAAAUACUGGCCGAGUGGAUAUCAAUAGUGUGGAUGUUGAUGGUACAGCACCCCUGUCUGCGGCCGUGGCAAAAGAACAUGAUGAUAUUGUAAGAUUCUCGAUCGACAUCGGCGUGGAUGUGAAUGGCACAGCCCCUGUAUACAAUCUUCGCACAGAGCAGACACCUCUGUGGAUUGCCUCCUGUAAUGGGCGCACAAGCGUCGUGAAGAUGCUGGUAGCUUGCCCGGACAUCCAGCUCAACCAGCGCGAUAGAGAGGGGUAUACUCCGCUAGGGAUUGCGGCGAAGAUGGGCCAUGCGAGCAUUGUGGCCAUUUUGGCCAGUACUCCAGGGGUGGAACUGUUUCAAGUGGAUAGAAACCGCCAAAGCGCCUUGGAGAUUGCACGGCAGGCCGGCCAUGAAGCUGUGGUCAAUGUGCUCGAGGCAGUAGAUCACACAUAA